CUGCCAACGUCAGCCGGAACACGGAAGUAUUCAGCUUGUUGUGAGUUGUUCAGCUUUUGCUGGCUGCUUCUACUAUCUUGUUCCUCCUCGUCGCUCACAAAUGGCGCGUUCCGCGGCUCUGGGCCGGACAGGGCCGGGUCGGACCGGGCCAGGACUCUGGUACUUGGCGCUGGUGCUGACGGUGCUGGUCGGGCCGGGCGGCGCAGUGUCCGAACCGGGGAAAUGGAUCCUGAAUGUCGACAGCGAAAGCGUGAAGAAGCAGAGCUACUUCCUCUUCACUAAAACUCUGUUCAACAGCAGCUUCAUCCAUCUGAAGGCCGAGGCCUGCAACUCGUCGGCAGCCGUCAAGCUGGACGUGUCCUGGUACCUGAGGAACUCCCACUGCUACGACGAAGUCUUCCGCCUGGACGCGAACGGGGCAAAGAAUUACUUCAACUCGACGAAGGUCAGCCAGGGAGGAGGAAGUGGAUAUUAUGUUUUUCACCAAUAUCGUCCAGUCACCUGCCAGCCGCACAUUAGCCCCCAAGCGUUCGGUCUGGAUGAAUUUGAGAUGAAAACUCGACUGACGGAAUUGCCGCAGGAACAGCCAAACACAGAGAAGAAUUUAGGAAGCAGGAGGAGGAGAGAUGCGGACGCUCCAAAACCAAAGGCCGCCGCGGUACAGAAGGAAAGCGCUCCGGCUGAAACGGGGAACGCUGCCGUCCCUCAUAAAGAGGCGGCAGCUCAUUUAUCCAUGGACACGGUGGCCGAGAGCUGGGAGGACGGACCCUACAUGUUCAUCCUGAAGAUCAGAGAAAUCGGCCCCGCCAACCCACCCACACCCUGGAGUCUGCAGCUGCAGAUCAGCAUGAAGGGUCCUCACGACUACUUAUCAGCCGCAGAGUGGCCAAUGAUGGUGUUCUACAUGGUGAUGUGCAUCGUGUACGUGCUGCUGGCCGUGUUGUGGCUGCUCCUGUCGGCGUGCUACUGGAGGGAUCUGCUCCGGAUCCAGUUCUGGAUCGGAGGGGUCAUCUUCCUGGGCAUGCUGGAGAAGGCCGUGUACUACGCCGAGUUCCAGAGCAUCAGAUACGACGGCCUGUCAGUCCAGGGCGCGGUGGUGUUUGCCGAGGUGCUCUCGGCGGUGAAGAGGACUCUGGCCAGGGUGCUGGUGAUCAUCGCCAGUCUGGGAUACGGCAUCGUCAAGCCCAGACUCGGCGCGCUGCUGCACAGAGUAGUCGGAGUCGGUCUGCUCUACUUGAUCUUCUCCAUCGUCGAGGGGAUCCUACGAGUCAACGCUGAUCGAGGCGCCAACACCAGCAGUAGGCUUUUGUGUGACAUAGUGCUGGCCUUCAUUGACUCCUGUGUUGUCUGGUGGAUCUUCGUGAGUCUGGCCCAGACGAUGAAGCUGCUGAGGCUGCGGAGGAACGUGGUCAAGCUGUCGCUCUACAGACACUUCACCAACACGCUCAUCUUCGCCGUCAUAGCGUCGGUCAUCUUCAUCAUCUGGAGCACCAAGACCUUCAGACGGUCUACAUGUCUGUCUGUGAGUACUCUGCUAGGAUUUAGUACAGCUCAGGUCGGUUGGUUAGUAAGCCAUGUUGUUGAAACUGUUCUCGAACUCUUAUUGCAUGUGUUUAAUUCACUAUUUUUGUCAUUUUGGUUUCUAAACUUAUAGAUCGUUCAACCCUCU